AACCCUUCGAUCUUCCUCUAGCGCAGCACACCUUUCUUGGCACAAACCCUAGAAGAAUCCUCUGGAAAUGUCGUUAUUUUGUUCUUCGUCUACAGUUGCCGCUCUUCCCUUCCGUGCGGUUAGAUCUUCGGUGAGUCUCCAAACUGGUGCCCAGAGAGUGACUCUUGGUGGUAGCCAUCAGUUCAGCCGUGCAUCAUCGCUGAUUUCAUUCUCGAGAGGUUCGACACUAAGUGCUAUCACCGCCGACCAGAAUCUGGUUAGCGUCCUCGAAUCUGAAAUCAAAUGCUCCUUUGUUAACGAGGCUCCUGAGUUGCCAGAAGGGUUUCCUUUCCGCAUCAAUGAUCUGACAUGGCAACAAGAUAUAUGUAUGAUUAGAGAGUUUAAGGAUGAAACCAUUUUUGUCGAAAUUGACCCUUAUGCGCCGUUUGAUAAGGAAGAACUAUUAAAAGGAGGAAUUCCCAUGAUCAUCAAUGUUACGAAAAAAGAUGAUGGUCCCUGUCUUGAGUUUGAAGUCGAAGCUUUUGUAGAUGAGAUUAUCAUCAAUGGUGUAUACGUCCAACAACCCCAUGAACCUACGUACCCCUACAAAGGCCCUGAAUUUGAUGACUUGGAUGAGAAUUUGCAAAAGGCUUUCCACAGGUUUUUGGAGAUCAGAGGGUUCAAGCCCACCAUCACUGAGUUUAUGGCUGAUUAUAUGGCCAACAAAGACAGCAGGGAGCGUCUUCAGUGGCUCAAUGAUGUCAAGUCUUUUGUUGACAUGUGAAACUUGUAGGUGAAAAUUUAUCUUGGAUGAACUUGUUAUCACCAUUAUCUUGCAAUGAGUUGCUAGUUGUUUUGACAAUAUUUGUUUCAAUUUCCCCAAUGAAAACUUGUCACUUUUCGUUAGAAUUUAUUUAUCCAGAAAAAACU